ACCAGUAGUCAAUACUGAAAUUUUCUAGAUGGAUCCUGUAACUAUUGUGUUAAUAUUUGGCGCGCUUGCGGCGUUGUAUAAGACUUCAUUGCCUUAUCCAAAGUGCCAGAUUAAUGUGUCGUCGAGUGCCCCCCUUCUUGUGACAAACAUCGGUUCCCAAAUUAUUCUAUCUGAUUAUUACGGUUUAAUUGAACGAAACAAAAGCGAAGAAAUUCAAUUUUAUUGCGGCACUGGAUUUACAUUCAAAAAUGACGGCAUAAGUCAGCUUAUUUCUGACAACAGAAUGGAAACGCUCAUUUGCCAGCCAGAUGGCAGUUUUCUUCUGCAAAAUCAUGGAAUAAAAAUCAAGGGAGAUGCAAGGAGUGUUGAGUGUCAGAACGGAGUGGCUGCCAUGUUCGAGAGUCGGAUCGGUUUACCCAAUUGUAAGGAUCACACUACCCUUCUGUUGGGCAACGACUUUCAGGACAUGGGUUCCAUUAAGAGUGCCGCCUUGUGCUACGAUAUCGCCGGAACCAAUCUGAAGUACUUAACCUAUAUAACGCAUCCCACACGCAGCAGAGUGGUUAAAAAGACGCACUUGGGAGAUCUGAAUAAACUUGGUUUCGAUUUAAGUGUGGACGGUAGUGAUCGGUUCUUUAAGAAGGCCAGCCAGGCGGAUGUGGACGCAUUCUGGAACAAGGACAAGGUUCUGUCGCAGAUGUUCGGCACCGGGCCCUUUGACUACGCCAGCUUGGUGCAGGACGAGGCUCUGGGCGCCCAGUUGGCCGGCUACGAGGGCAUGAUGAGCGUCGUCUGGCUGCACAGCCUGCGCACCGGGAACUGGAGGCACUGGCUGGCGGCCCUGCGAUCGGCCAGUGUGUCCGGGAAACAAUUCGAAGUCCGCCUCGGUGUCUCCGGUGUUCUUGAGAUGCCCGAAAGUCGGGAUGGCUGCGACCUGGCCAUUGAUCUGGCGGAUGGCAACUCACUGCCCGUGCCCGUCCACAUUUGGGCCCAUGUGCGCGAUCUGCAGCCGACUGGAGCAGCCCAGGAUGAGUUCGUCCUUGUGGGACACAACUCGCCCUUCUUGCGUGGCGAUCCUUCUGCCGAAUUUUGCCCAUCGGUGUGCGACGAGGUGUCCUGGCUGAAGGGCACCCUGUUCGCCAGUCUCCACCGUUAUCCCAUCAACGGCCUGAUGCUGUGCUGCCGAGUGGAGGAUGUGGCCCAGACGCUGGAUUCCUUUUACGGAUCGACGGCCCAUGCAGCAGCCACCACCGAAAACUUAAAAGUGGCCGAAGACUUAGUUUUAUAUGAACUAAUUCAAAAAUAAAUUUGUAAUUAAUGAAUAUUCAUUUGGAAAAAUAAAAUGAAACAUGCACAAUAA